AUGGCUCAAAUGCUUCCACCAGCUCCACGUGAUAGUUAUGCGGUUCCUGGAAAGCCAGGAAAUUCCGAUCCGUUGACAGUUGUUGGAUGGGAGCACAUGGAUCUGAAGCUCUUUUAUCCUUCGGCGCUUCUCAGUACAUGGAGUAUUCGAACUGCUCUCUAUCCCCUAGCCGUACUUCGUAGUCAACUGCAACUGCAGAAACAGAAUACGGUGUAUAGAAGUACUCUUCACGCGUAUUCGGACAUCUCCAGACGAGAAGGAUUCCGUGGAUUGUAUCGGGGCUUCUGGAUUACUGUACCCCAGAUUGGAUGCUCAUUCAUCUAUUCGACGAUCUUCGAGAAAUGCCGUUCGGUUCUGCACGAACAAGGUGUCAAAUCAGUUGGAGGAGCCGCCGCAGUGGCUGGUGGUCUAGCUAGUUUUGCGACCCAAUCGAUUUUUGUACCGACUGACAUCAUUGCACAAUACAUGAUGAUCUACAAGAAUACUGAUAAGUUGACAGCUGGACACGAUAAGGCCGUUAUUGAGAGAGUCGCAACCCAUGUGAAAAAUGGAAAUGGAUUAGGAACGAGUGUGAUCAAAGCAAUCUAUCAAGCCGACGGAGCACUUGGAUUCUACCGUGGAUUCUGGGCGUCGGCUGCUGUCUAUAUCCCACAGAUGCUCACUUUUUGGCCGAGCUAUUACUGGAUGCUAGGCCUUUUCAGCAAACUGAAUCCAAACACCGACCGAAGUCUUCUUAUCGAUCAGGCCAUUGCAGCAACCAUCGGAGGAUCCAUCUCAACAAUCGCCACCAAUCCGAUGGAGUUGUUCCGCGUCAGACUUCAAGUUCAUCGUAGCAGCUAUGCGAAAACUUUGGAGACGAUGCUUCGUGAUGAGAAGACGGCAAUCUUCACCAAGGGACUCACUCCGAGAAUCAUUGCCAAUUCGAUCUACGGUGGAAUGGUUGUGGUUGGAUACGAAAUCGUGAAAAGAUUAUGUGCAAAAGAAGAGUAUAAGCAUCGUAUAAAGUGGUAA